AUGUCUACCGCUCAACGAUUAAGAGAUCCUACCCACCCCGCCUCCCUUUGCAAACUCUCCACUCACAACCCAACUCUUGUUCACUCCCUUAAGAACAGAGUCCGACCAGAGUUCUUCGUUCAUGUCGCCGAGAAGACCUCAGAGGUCAUCAAGAUUGCCCCUGCCGAAGAUGCCGACGUCAACAUGCUUUCACCUCCUGCUACUCCUACCAAGGAGCAGUACGUUGACCUCAACGGUAAACCAGUAGAAUGGUGGCAGCAACCCAAAGGUGAAGAGGAUGAUUCCAACGCCGACCUUCCUGAACUUUCAGAGUUCAUCAGAGGAUUAGUCGUUCAAUCAAAUGUCCAAAUGCCAACUCUCUCAGUCACUCUUGUCUACCUCGAAAGACUCAAGGAGAAGCUCCCAACCGUCGCUACCGGUAUGAAAUGCACUCGACACCGGGUCUUCCUCGCUGUCCUCAUUUGCGCUGCUAAAUACCUCAACGACUCUUCACCUAAGAACAUGCACUGGCAGAAAUAUGGUCGAUUCUUCUCCCUCGCCGAAGUCAACUUGAUGGAGAAACAGCUUCUUUAUCUCCUCGACUACAACCUCCGAGUAGAAGAGCCAGAACUUAUCAACCAUCUUAGAGAUUUCUGGAACCCCGCUCCAGUCGCUGUUGUCAAAGCCCUUCCUGUUCCUGCUCCUACUGCCGAGGUCCGAAUGCCAUCUCCUCCUCUCACUCCUACCAACUUACGAGUCAGCGUCAACAUCCCUGGACCAAGCAAGUCUACCUUCGUUCCUCCUUCGGCUGGCCCAUCAUCACAGGCUGCUGCCAUCUCAUCAUGGUCAGCUAGAACCGCUCAAGCUUUAGUACGAAGUCGAUCGGACGAUGUCUUCCAGGCAUCUCCUGCGUCAAGGAGAUCAUCAACCUACGCUACUACCCCAUCGUCCUCAUCUACUCUCGCACCUUCUCCAGCAGGAUACAUGUACCUUGACGCUCCUACGCCGGGAUUAGCAAGAAGGGAUUCAUGCGAUUCGACUUCAUCGAUAUCCACUACACCAGGUGAAGCUUGGGGAUCAAACUACGGUUCGUUAUCCGGUGCCAUCGUUCACUCGACAUCAAAUGGUCAAUUGGCAGUAUCUAAACCUGGACUUCCACGAAAGGCAUCAUACACCGCCAAGCCUGGAUCAGGUUCUAUCCUUAUUGUUGAUACCGCUCAAGCCCAGCAGACAAGUCCUUCAGUGACCACUUCGCCCACACGCGAUUUGUUCAAGAAGAUCAGACCUCCCACAUCUCUUCGAUCAAUCAGAAAACAAAUUCAACUAUAA